AUGGAGGACGACAAGGCCGCAAGACAGGACCCGCUGCCGUCGCAGUGCAGCUUCACGAUGCAGCAAUGGCUCUACAGGCGGACGCCGCACACCAAGCGAUACAAGCGCUGCUACAUCAUGCUGCACCAUAAUAGGCUGUAUACCUUCCGGAAGCCGCCGCCCUUCCGCGAAUGCGAGCCCCCAAACGUGCCCGGCGUCUUCCGUCAUGCAACGGCCAGCUGGAUGAUCGCCGGCGCCGAACUGAAGGCGGAGUCGCACUCGACGAGCGGGCUGUACAAGUGGCGCAUCACGGUGAAGCCCAUCAAACAGUACGCGGGCGAGAUCAACCCUGCCUUGCAAACUGUGCGGACCAAUACGGCGCUUGUCGACGCGGAGGAGGCGCAAGAGGGUCUAAUCAACGACAUCUUCAAGGACAUCAACGCGGGCAACAACGCGGCGCGCACCGCGAGAAAGCCGUAUGCUGAUGACAGCACUGUGUGGCUUGCGACUAGCAACCACAAGGUCGCCUCCGACUGGCUGCUGGCAAUCCUCUGGACCACGCGGUACGGGUCGCUGCAGAACUUCGUCGAGCAGAACCAGUUGCGUAGCAAGUACGUCGCCUACGGGCUUCCUACAUACCUCCUGCCGAUCGAGUUCUUCCCGAAGUCCGAAAAUGUGGAGACCAUGCCACGCCGCAAGGCUGCGUUCACGUUCAUGAAGCUCAGCGUCGUGGAACUGCUGCAGGUGUACUCGCCCGCGUACUCGCCGAUAUGCUGCGUGGUGGAGCACAACAGCAGCUUCUACGUCCUGAACCUGCCCAGGCAGUCGCCGGCGACCCACAUCGAGGUGCCGCGGGUGAUGUCCUACUUGUCGACCAUCGACGAGGAGUCGCACGCGGACGAGGUGCGGGUGCAACAUCCGGGCGACCGCCCACUACGGGUGGUUGACAUGAAUAGCGGCCUGGAAACGAUAGCGGGCAAAGACUUCGCACGGGCGUCCACUCUGGACAUCUACAAGCCAGAGUCGACGGAAGCCCACGAGGACGAGCGGGUGAAGACCAGGGCAGCGUCGAGUCUUGCGACCACGCCGCAGCAACAGGGGUACAACAUGCUCUCCAAGCUGUGGCACCUCAACAAGACGAGCGACAAGAAGAAGGUCGUGAUGGCCAAGCAGUCGUACUUCUACGGCGACGAGGCGUGCCUGUACAUCCCCAUGUACCAGCACACGUGCCAGGACUAUGUCUGGAUGCACUUCAUCGCUGCCAACGACGUAUACCUGGGCAGCGCGGCGUUGUCGAACUGCCACUUCUCGAUCAACGAGCCUGCAACGCUCAAAACCUGCGUGCUCAAACAGAUCGAGGCCGUCAAUCCGCUCAACCAGAAAAGGAUUGACAUCUCUGACCACCCGAACCCCGAGUCGGUCGUGAACACGUCCGCGGCGAACGCUAAGGUGCCGGAAGCGGGGUACGUGGUGCUCUCCGUGGUCACCCCCAAGCAUUUCGGGAACUUCUUGGACCCCGUCGCGCUGUCGCACAACUCGCCUCAGGAAUACAUAGCCAACGCGACCAAAGCGUCCACCGCCGGGGGGCUCCAAAUGCUCACCUCGAACAUCAAAAGAGUGGUGGCGGCGUACAGGAACGCCAGAAGCGUCUUGGGGUACAUGAAGCGGGUGAUCCACUUCACGGACGCCAGCCUCUCGUUCGCAUGGUUGAUUUACUUCAUAGCGGUGCUGGGGGUAUAUUCGGACAAGCUGCUGCUCUUCAUCAUCGUGCCCCUGGCGUACUGCUCCCUGCGGAGCCACCCCGACUCAGCGCGGUGGGUCAGGGACCUGUUGCUCAGGUACCCGCUGCUCAUCGCGCUGCUGCCGCAGAGGCUCACGGAGAAGUUUCUGCUGCUGCCGAAGUCCGUGUGCAUGGUGUGCACCAAACGCAAGGCCUUUCUGCAGACCAACAGCCACACCGUCAGCGAUGUGGUCACGCGCAGCAUAGCGGCCGAAAAGGUGCAGAUGCUCGAUCUCAGAAUAAAGGGCUUCAUCUCGUCGUAUGGCAAGGGGAGCCCCAAGCAGCAGACCCAAAUCGCGCGCAUUGAGCACCGGGAGCCGCCCAUGCUCACUGAGAAGCAGGCCAUGAACGCAUACGUCUCGUACACGGCGCAUGCAGGCACUCGACAUGAGACGUGCAGCCACAGGGGGGUCUUGCACACGUAUCUCGCGGGGCUCUUCCUCAGCCAGAUGGACACGGGGUCGCUGUCGAACCUGCUGCAAACCGACGGGAAGACGAUGCUUCGGGCGAUACACACGAUCUUCUACCAGCCGCCACCCUACCCGUGGGAGGUCGUGCCGUGGGUGCAAAAUGUGGUACUGACCGUCAAGUACUUCGCCAUGGCCGCCCUGCUCACGUUCGCGGGCGGGAUCAACAACAUCCAGACGCUGCACCUGCUCCACAGGAACAGGGUGGCCACGAAGCUGAACGUCGAGGCCGUCGCCCAGCAGGGCGGAGUGGCGCACCCGGCGCAGCGGGAGCAACAGGAGCAGGAACUGAAGACGAACCACGUGCCCCCAGUGGCCGAGAUCACCGAGUGGUACGAGAACGAGCGGAAGUCGGUGUUUGGCACGUACAGCAAGCACAACCUGAGAUUCUACGACAGGCCGCAUGUAUCGGCCGAGGACGGGGGACACGUGGUCAUUCCUGACUUCUUGCUCUACCAUUCCGACGUCGUGGUGAACAAGGACACCGACGAGAACGGCUGGGUCUAUGCGAAGAACUGGAACUCUGCAUGGUCCAAAGAGACUCACGCGUUUGCGUUCGUCAGGCGGCGCAAGUGGGUCGUCACCGGUCGAUCUGCGGGCAACGUGAAUCGCGGGGCGCAGGGAAGCAUGGCGCGCGUGUUGACCCUGAGUCCGAUGAAACGCUACGCUGUAGCUCCGGAGAUGUCCCGCGGGAGCAGCACCAAAGCCGACGAGAGGGACAUCCAGCCGCACGACCUAAUUCACAUCAAGGAUCGUGCGCACAGUAAGCCGCGAGUAUUGGUGUACAAAAAGGGCACCAAGGCGCUCGAAAUCGACCAGUACCAUGUCAAGAACCCUUCCGAAAGCGGCGCAACCAGUGUCGACCACUCACCAACUAAUCGGGGCUACACCAGCACGGCCACAGGCACGAACCGGUGCGGCGGUGCGGAAAGUACGGCGCCGCCCCAAAACGAGCACGACGCGAGUCGAAACAAACGGCACAGUUCCGGUUCGCGUGGCGGCAGGUUCAGGGCACUGGUUGCCCUUAAGAGGGGCAUAUACCACUUCAAGCGGUCGCCGCAGAACAUCUCCGAUGCGUCACCAAGCCAUGGCAGCAGGUCGAAACCGCAGCAGUACGGCGAGUCCAAAUGCCGCUUCAACUUUUUAAAACUGAAGAAGCGCACAAAGCGGGACAACAACGUAGAGGACACGGCGGACCUGGACAGUGACAGGGAAAUAAUACCGUUCGCAGAACACACGGUGUCGCCCCGGGAAGCAGCGGCAAUAUCCUUUGCGGAACCCCUCCCAGUGGCGUUCGACAGACCUGAGGUCAACGUGCAGGCUGAAAGCGUGGAGGAGUGGCUGACGGAUUGUGAGGAGGAGGAGACCGAACCCACCCCACCCCGACGCAGCUGGUUACAGAACAUUUUUACGUUCGCGCUCACGCUGCUGCCGUGCGUGGUGCUGGAUAUGUUUAAGGUGUUUUUCACUGUUGCGUGGAUAUUCAUCUCGUGCUCGUUUUCGCGGCAGCACCGGAUCACGUGGCAGGAUGACGACACCGUCCUUGAAGGCAAAAUACGCCCCGCCGCGCACGCAGCCCCUGGCGGCGGGAUGCCCUUUGGGUGCGUGCUCACGACGCAUGCGGGCAAGUACGCGUUCCAUAUACGAAGGCCCAGGAAGGGGUGCUUCAUGGGUAACACCAAGCUGCGGAUUUACAACGCGGCGAAGGGGCACCAGUGCAGGCUGCAGCCCUUCUCCAAAUACCGGCAAAUCGCGCGGUCUAACGUGAUAUUCCUGCAUACCAGGCAGUGCCAGCUAGUCCAAGCGGAGCACGACCCGGAGGACGACGACUUCGAAAUCUUCUCGAUGCUGUCCGAGGACGAGGUGCAGGCGCCGGACGACACGCCGACCCGGAUGAUCAGCGCCGCCGUGCAGGAAAGCGAGGAGUCGGACGCCGAGGAGACGUCGUCCGAGUCUAACACCAGCGAGGGAAUGGUUUACCAGUUUUCGUUGGAGACCGACGGGGGGGAGAUCGACCUGAGCGCCAUCCGCGUGGAGAGCAAGGAUUCGCAGGACUUUGACAGCGCCAGGGCCGAGCCGGCAACCACCCCGCAAGAACAGCACAACCGGCGUGGCAGGCUGUACUCGUACUUCAAAAGCAUCUACGUGAACAAGAUCAGGAAGCGGCAGCCCGAAUUUUCGUGCGACCCCGAGCUGGAGGCGGACGAGCCCAAGGAGCUGUCCGACUACGACGAGCUGGAGAGCGACGAGGAGAUGGAAACCGAACACAAGAUCACGAUGCUAGGCAUGCUGAGGAAGGCCCGGGACCAGAUCGUCCUGGGCAACUACUACCUCAACCUGUUCGCCAUGAGGUACGAGAAGUUCCUCAACAUGUUCUCGUGGCGGCACCCCCGGGUGACGCAACUCAUCAUACUGAUGUGCGCCUCGCUCGCAAUCGGCAACUACUUCGUGGGGGUGAGCACCAUGCUGCUGGUGUACGUGCUCUGCUACUUCAAGUCUGGAUUCGUCGCCGGCACGUGGGAACGGAACAUCCGCCUUGCGGUGGAAAGGCACAUCGACUCCUGCCUGGACGACCUCGACAUUCAUCGGCCGCUGUGGGAUCUCAACAGCCGCCAGGUCGCCGCGCUCACCCAGGCCAUCCAUGGCUUCUCGCAGGUCGAGGUGCCGUCCACGCUCAUCCGCGAGUCCGCGACGCGGCGGGACAUCGCCCAGGCGGUGACGGCAAAGAUAAUCGAGCAAAAAUUGUGUAUGAACUGGGAAAGGCGCGGGUGGUUCCGAAACCUCUUCCGGCACUCGCCCACUCACCUCGACCGCUGA